AUGGCCCAGUCAGCAGAAAAAAUGUUGCUGCAGGUGGUACCAACCAUCAAUAAUUCAUCCUUGCUUCAGCCAGGCUUCUCUCUCCUGAAUUUCAAUGGGCAUGUUUUCUUUUUUGGGCAGAAGGGAUGGCCAAAGAGAUCCUGUCCCACUGGUGUUUUUCUCCUUGAUUUUAAGCCGAAUGAGCUAAAAAUGAAACCUGCUGCCUUCUCUAAAGACUCCUGUUACCUCCCACCUCUCCGCUACCCUGCUCUUUGUACCCUCCGAGGCAGUGCGGAGUCUGACGAGUACCAAUAUAUCAUCCAUGGUGGGAAAACACCUAACAAUGACCUUUCUGAUAAGAUUUACCUUAUGAGUCUGGUAAGCAAAACCAGCAAGAAAACCACUUUCCAGUGCAUUGAGAAAGACCUGGGUGGAGAUGUCCCUGAAGCCAGGUACGGGCAUACAAUUAACAUCGUUUAUAGUCGAGGGAAAAGUGUGAGCGUCCUGUUUGGAGGGAGAAUGUACACUCCUCUGGCACAAAGAACCACUGAAAACUGGAACAGCGUAGUUGACUGUUUGCCUUCUGUGUUUCUCAUCGAUUUUGAGUUUGGAUGCUGUACAUCAUACAUGCUUCCAGAGCUUCAGGAUGGGCUUGCCUUCCAUGUUUCCCUUGCCAGAAAUGACAUGGUCUACAUUUUGGGAGGCCAUUCACUUCAAAAUAACACCAGGACCCCCAGCCUGUACAGGCUGAAAAUCGAUCUCCCCAUAGGUAGCCCAUCUGUGACCUGCUCCAUCCUGCCAGGGGGGAUAUCUGUGUCAAGUGCUAUAGUGACUCAGACCAGUGAUACUGAGUUUGUCCUUGUAGGGGGCUACCAGUCUGACAAUCAGAAACGGCUGGUGUGUAACACCAUAGUUCUGGAAGAUGGUAGGAUAGAGAUUAUUGAAAGGGCAAGCCCAGACUGGACACCAGAUAUUAAACACUGCAGGAUCUGGUUUGGCUGUGAUAUGGGCAAAGGGUCUGUAUUGAUGGGCAUUCCAGGGGCCAGCAAACAGUUAGUCUCAGAUGCAAACUACUUCUAUAUUUUGAGAUGCAAAGGAGCAGAAGAAGACAAGGAAGAAGUGGCAGCACAAUUCUGCAGCCAGACAUUGACUGAAGACCUUGGAGACUCCACUCCAUUUGAAGAUUCAGAAGAGUUUGGCUUUAGUGCUGAGGCCAGUAGCUUUGAUGUUGCUGAAAAUGACACUUACAAUGAAGAUGAUGAAGAUGAUGAAUCAGAAACAGGUUAUUGGAUCACCUGCUCUGCCAUUUGCAAUGUUGACAUUAACACCUGGGUUCCUUUCUACUCAACAGAACUCAACAAGCCUGCAAUGAUCCUGUGUUCCAACGGGGAUGGCCACUGGGUCCAUGCACAGUGUAUGGACCUCUCAGAAAGCAUGCUUCUACAUCUCUCAGAAGCUAAUGUCAAGUACUUCUGCAAUGAGCACGUUGACCUUAAUAAAGGUCUACAAACUCCUAAAAAGCUGGUGCAGCUGAAAAAUCAACCCAUAAAACCACUGCGCAAAAAGGCAGCCAUGAAGCUAACCACACCAGUGAAAAAGUCGUUCCUCCGCAGACUGUUUGAAUAG